AUGGAGUUUGAUAACUACGAUUCUAUCCUGUCGUCCAUACAGGACGAGACUCUCAAAGACCAAACCAUUGCUCUCAGCGAUAUCGCAAUAAAGACGGAGCCAAACGCGUUUCUGAGUCCCUAUGGUUCGAGUUUGAGUCCUUCUUACUCCUCGGGCUCGAGUCCAGAGGAGUUUCUGUUUAACCCGGAAUAUAUGAACAAUGCCCUGUGGGACUUGCCUGAGCUCACCAAACAGCCCACUUCCGGGACGAGUGGAUUUGACGCCUCCAUGGCCAACACGGCCUCAAAUGGUUCUAAUGGUUCUCUAAGUGACAGUACCGGUGCUGUAGCUGCUGUUAAAAAUGAGCCGACUCGUGGGAAGGGAAAGAAGAUCAAAUCGUCUCACAAUCUGGUGGAGAAGAAGUACAGAACAAACAUCAACUCCAAGAUUGUGGAGUUGAGGAAUUCCGUCCCAGCCUUGAGAAUUAUCAUCUCCAAGAAUAUGAGAAACAAUAGCGUGUCUUCGCAGGAUCAGAACGAAGACGAAGACUACGACGAUUAUGAGGGAUAUGGCUACACUGACGAUGAGUCCAAGCUGGACGGUUUGAAGCCUGCUAAAAAACUCAACAAGGCAACGAUUUUGUCGAAAGCGACCGAAUAUAUUCGCCACUUAGAGUGGAAGAACUCGUUGCUGCAAGAUGAGGUCAAACGGUUGAAGAAUGACCUGGAAAGUUCAUCCAGAGACAUUCUGCAGAGCAUUGAUCCUAGCCAGGGAACUCGUCCUCGUCAUAACCAAUCACAGGGACUGAACAAUCCCGCUGCAAAUGGAACAAGUCUGACCAAUAAGCUUCUUCUUGGUGGAAUGGCGUGCUACAUCGGCUCUUCUGCCUUUGACGAUUUUGACGGCUCCGAAAGCUCGUAUUCCAGACACGGACUGUUUGCUCUGCCUAUCCUUUCCAUUGGCGAUUCCGCUUCCACACAGACGAACUUGUUGAAACCUAUGUUUGGAAUACUUAAAAUGCUUUUUGUGAUGGGAGUGGUGUGGUUUUAUGUGCUGCUUCCACUUAUUUCAGAGCCUAGACCAAAAAAUGGCAACGCCAGGUUUGUGCAGCUGUAUCGUCUGGUGGCUUCCAGUGAUCCUAUAGUGAGGUUUAUCAACUUGUCAAAAAUUAAGAACCAGUACUGGGUUCAAAUAUUUGGUCCCUCCAUCUGGAACGCCCUUCCCAGAGAUCGCUUUUCCGAAAAUGAGGCUUAUCUCUUGGAUAACUACCGGUUUGCAGAUGUGGCUGGUCUUCUUCCUCUUGUCGCAGAGUCCGAGACCGGAACCGAGUUUUUCAAGAAAUUGGCCCAGCUGAAGUCUCAGGAGGUUUUCAACAGUUCUAUCAAGGAUAUGACCAAUUCGUACCACUCUACGGUUCCGCGCGCGCAGGUUCUGUCUGAGUUGAUCGACUCGAUACAGCUGUUGGACCACAACAGCGACAAUUACGUGAAACAUCUAAUCAAAUGCUCCAUUCUUUCAAGCAUUGCUUCUCCAUCAAAAGAGGGUCUUUUCAAAUGUUUCAAGCUGGUUCAGGCGAACCCAGAUCAAAUAGACCAAUCAAUGGUGCUGUGUCUAAUGUGUUCGAUAGUCAAUUUCCACUUCAGACUGACACACAACUCCGCACUUGCGAUGAAAUGGUUUGAGAAACUUAAUAUUCCUCAUUAUACUGAGAAUUUCAAGAUGGACCCUAUGGGCUUCGUUUCGCUGUUAUAUAUCGUUGAUGAUAUCCCGAUCGAGAGAGAGGGUGACUUGCGUCCAACAAAUUCCGAAGAGGAAAGCGCUACAGAAGAUACCAGCGAUGAAUAUACGCUAUCGAGAAAUAACUUUAAAAUGCUGAACAUUCUGGGCAACAUGCGGAUAUUCAUCGGCAACAGAUCCGACCAGGACUGCGACCUUAAAGUGAAAAAUCAGAUGGUGGAGAGCUUCGUUUCCAAGCUCGAGAUGUUGAACGGAUUUUGA